AUGAUUUUUACUGCACCACAUUAUUUCAAAGAUAGGCAUUGUGGUUAUUGUAAAGAUUCAAAGAUAGAUCAUUAUGCUUUACAACUGCAAUGGAAUGGAUCCAAGGAUGUUGCAAUUGAUGAAAAAGAAUCAAUUUUAAUUGGUACUCAAAUUUUACAAAUGUCUUGUAAUGAAUAUGAUAAAUUAAUUAAUCAAGGUUUUAGAAGAUCAGGUAAAUUUUUAUAUAAGCCAGAUUUAUUAAAGACUUGUUGUAGAUUAUAUACAAUUAGAACAAGUUCCAAAUAUCUUAAUUUAUCAAAACAUCAUCGAAAAAUAAUUAAUAAAUUUAUUAAAUUAAUUGCACCCAACUUAAAAUUACCAGCCAAAAAUACAUUUGAUUUUAGAAAUUUGUAUGAAGCUCAAUUGGAAUCAAAAAAUUUUAAAACUAUAAUUGAACCAAGUAAAUUUACAAAAGAAAAAUUUGAAUUAUACAAAAAAUAUCAAAUCAGAGUACAUAAUGAUGAUCCAAAUGAUAUUUCAGAAAAUUCUUUCCGACGAUUCUUAUGUGAUACUCCAUUUCCACAAGAAGAAGUAAAAGGUAAUACUCAACAAUUUAAAGAUUUAAAAAUUGAAAAUUGGAAUAAAGAAAAUAAGAAAAGAAUUGGCCCGACGCAUGAAUUGUACUACCUCGAUGAUAAACUAAUUGCAAUAUCAAUCAUGGAUUUCCUUCCGUCUGGUAUUUCAAGUAUUUAUUUUAUUUGGGAUCCAGAUUAUGCCUAUUUAUCAUUAGGUACACUUUCGGGAUUGAAAGAAAUUCAAAUGUGUGAUAAAUUAGGCUAUGAUCAUUAUUAUUUAGGUUAUUAUAUUCAAGAUUGUGAAAAAAUGAAAUAUAAAAAACAAUUUGGAGGAGAAAUAUUAGAUUUAGCUAAUGAAAUAUAUUUUCCGUUUGAAAAAGUGGAUAAAUUUUUAAAUAAUAGAUUAUUCGUAAUUGGAGAAAAAGGACAAAAUAUCAUUCAAGAAUUGGAGGUUGAAAAUAAAGGUGAGCCAAUAGAUUAUGAGGAUUCAGAUUUUAAAGAUAAAGAGUUAAUAAACAUAGCUGAGGAUAUAUAUGGGAAUGAUGAAAUUUCUCAAGAUGCUGAAGAGUGUAAACAAAUUUUAAAAGACAAGUAUAAAAUCAAAGUUAGUACAUUGACGGAAGUACCAAAUAUUAUACCUGGUUCAAUUCCAAUAUGGCAAAUAAUAGAAUGGUUUGAAAAUGAGAAUUUAGAUUUAGAUUUUGAGGUUGAAUUAUUUAUAAAUGGUCAAAUUGUUGAUUUUAAAUUACGAGAUUUAAUACCUGAAGGAAGAGGUUUAAUUAUUGAUUGUAUUAGAAUAUUUGGAUUAGAAUUAAUACAAGAUUCAGUAAUAAUGGUAAGUUAA